UCUUAAUGUUGAAACCUUGUACUAGCCGCGUCUAGUUUACAGUGUGCGUUACUUCGGGCUUCUUAUAACAAGAUAUUUUGUUACCCGUUCGAUUGUUCCCGCCGUUGUCGUUUGUUUCACUGGUUCCUUUAUAUCUACAGCUAGUUUGCAAAAAAUAUGCUUGUCCUCAAUAGUUUUCUUCGGUCAAUUAACACUCAGUCUAUAUCUUUACACUCCAGUAUCAGAAGAUUAUUUAUUCAAGUUCAAGAAACUCCUAAUCCCAACAGCUUGAAAUAUUUCCCUGGUAAACCUGUACUAGGCUCUGGCACUAGAGAUUUCCCAUCCUACACACAAACUGCGUCAUCCCCUUUGGCCAGACAGUUAUUUCGAAUCGACGGUGUUAAACGAGUCUUUUUCGGUCCUGAUUUCAUCACGAUUACUAAGAAUGAUGACUUCGAAUGGGUUGUAAUAAAACCUGACGUAUAUGCGACUAUAAUGGAUUUUUAUAGUUCUGGACAACCUGUUGUCAAUGAAGAAAACACACAAGAUCUAAAUAAAAACUGUGAUGAUGACGAAACCGUAUUAAUGAUUAAAGAACUACUGGAUACUCGAAUAAGACCAACUGUUCAAGAAGACGGCGGUGAUAUUAUUUUUAAGGAUUUUAAAGAUGGUAUAGUGUACUUGAAGUUACAAGGAUCUUGCUCAAGUUGUCCUAGCUCUGUGGUUACUUUAAGAAAUGGUGUACAAAAUAUGCUCCAGUUUUAUAUACCAGACGUAUUAGGAGUUGAACAGGUUGAAGAUGAAUUAGAUGUGGUAUCUAAAGAACAGUUUGAAAAAUCAGAGAAGGAAAUAAAUGAAAAAAAAUAAAUGAAUAAUUCCAUAUGUAAACUAAAUGACGGAAUAGAAUUUGUUUUCCGUCAUGUGGUAAGUCACUCGUCAACAUGAAAUCAUGUAAAUACUGAGAUUUGCUAUAGUUUACUUAAUAAAAUAUCAGUAAUAUAACUCAACUAACUUCGUUUUCAUCCGUACCGUAUCUUCGUGUCAACAGAUUUGAUAGUGAAAAAGCAUGCUGUAGAACAACGGAAUGAAAAUCCAGUUAAGUA